AGGUUUGUUGUUAUGACUACUGAUAUAGGUUGUAUUGUAUGAAUAUUGAUAUAAAUUUUGCAAAAUUAGGAUGUCUGAUAAAUGUUAUGAUGAUUGCUUGAAUCUUCAGUCUUAACCUUUUGGGGAGUGUUUGUUCGGAUACCCUUGCUUUUGAAUUUUCAUAAUUGGAAUAUGAUUUUUGCAGCAUUUUGCUUAUGCUAAAUUGAGUUCGGUAUCCUAUAAUUUGUAAAAUAUGGAGUGCAUAUACUUUCUCUAUCACAGUGUUGCUAUUUGCUAACUUGUCACCUCAUCAGGGGCCUCAAUAUGUUUGCACAAACUUCUGGACAUUUGUUUGCACCACCUGUAGUGGAAUACACCGGGAAUUCACACACAGAGUUAAAUCAGUGUCAAUGGCUAAGUUCACUUCUCAGGAAGUUGCUGCUUUUCAAGAAGGCGGAAACCAGCGUGCAAAAGAAAUCUAUUUUAAAGAAUGGGAUCCUCAGCGUGAUUCUGCUCCUAACAGCAGCAAUGUGGAGAGGCUUCGGGGAUUCAUUAAGCAUGUCUACGUGGAUAGAAGAUACAGUGGUGAGAGAAACUAUGGCAAGCCUCCUCGAGGAAAGAUGGGUGACAAGGAAGACUUCUAUGAGAAAAAGAGGAUGGAUGGAUAUCAGGGAGGGUCCAGAAGUCCACCAAAUGAAGAUACCUAUGAUCGCCUUUACAGUGAUAGGUCCAGUUCAGGGGGAAGAAAUGAUGAUAGAAAUUCUAGAUAUGGUUAUGAUGAAAGGCAACGUCCUGGAUAUGAUCGAGAAAGUCGACAAUAUGGUGAUUACAGAAGAAGUCCUGCUCGCCCUGAGGUUGUCAACGAUCGUAUAGUUUCUGACGAAGAUUCAAAGUUAGAAGGGAGGUCACCUGAGCGUCCAAAAGAGUCAUCCAGUCCCCCAAUAGUUCGUCCUGUUAGAGAAAUUUUGGGUGAGAAUGUGAUACCCCUUCGUGUAAGUGAACCUCCAAAAGCAAACGGUGGCAGAACUGUUGAUGGCCCUCAGACACAGCGGAGAACUUCUUCUUCUAGCAGCUUAGGAUCUUCCGGUGGAAAUCCAGUAGAAACCAAGUUGGACACAAAUGUUAGCCUAAUUGAUUUUGAUGCUGAUCCUGAACCUCCAGUAGCUCCCACAGUUACUCAGAUGCAACAAACUACCACAACGCAAUCAACUGUGCAGCCCCCGGCUUCUACCAAUGACAGCAACUGGGCCUCUUUUGAUCUUCCCCCUCAUACAAAUGUUUCUCAGGCCCCUAAUGUGAACAACCUGGAUGCUGUCCUUUCUCAGUUGUCAGUUCCAGCAUCUGUACCUGGAAACCUGUCUGGAGUAUCUAGCAGUGUCGCUGGUCAAGUACCUGCUCCUGUGGCCAAUGUGAAUUUAGCACCUUCCAUUGUUGCAUUCACGGGGCAGAUACAAACACUUCCCUUUGGUGCUGGUCCUCCCGCAUCUGCACCAGUUAGCAAUUUCUCAACAUUGCCUCCUACUGAUGCUCUGACAGCUGCUCCUGGAUUAACGUCUACAAUGCCUGUCAGCAGCGCUAGUUUCCAGCUUGGUGUUAACAAUGCUGAACAAUGGCCUAAUAUGCUGCACCAACAGACUCAUUUUUUCUCAUCAGCUGGCAGUCAGUCUAACAGCCAACAAUUUGUGCCAAUGGUUGAUGAACCUUCGACCAAUCAGACAUGGAAUUUUGCUUCAUCCCAGCAUAUGCAGGGGACUUUUAGUGCAUCAGUUUGACCAAAUCCUCAAGCUGUCUCGAAACUUUUCCAGGAUGUAACAUAUUCUGUUGCACCACAGCACCCCCCUACAAAAACAAAAGCAAGU